CUAUUCUUGGAUAUAUUCGUUUAAGAAGUUUUUCCAAGAUGAAUUACUGGACGGCACUCAGCCUUUUGGUGCUGUGCAUCGGCGUGCACACUGCUCUGGGAAGGAAUUAUUUCAGACACUUUGGCGACCUGGAUUCAGCAGCGUCCGGUCAUCAUUUCGAAGAAGGUGAGGGCGCAGAGCACCAUGCAGAUAAAUUUUCAAAGCAUGGAGAGAAAGGUGAAAAGGGUUAUAAGAACCACCACGAGGAAGAGGAAGGCAAAAAGGGUCAUCACGACAAGGAAGCGCACAAGGGUCAGUACAACGAAAACGAAGGUCACAAGAAGAGCCAUCAUCAUGACGAUGGCUAUUAUGCCGAGCACCACAAAGGCGAAAAAGGCGAAAAGGGUCACAAGUACAACGAAGAAGGUCAUUAUGCCAAAGGACACAGUACCAAAGGUCGUCACGAGAUCCAUAAGCUAGACGAAUUUUUGAAGAACAAAAAGUUCUGGGAUGAGCACAAUGAUGAAGGCUAUCAUGAGAACCACGGUGGACAUCAUCACGACCAUUCCCAUAAAAAGGGAGGACAUCACAAAGCAGGACAUCACAAGAGUGGUCAUCAUCAAGAUCAUCAUGGAAAAAAGGCCUCUCACGAGAAAGGAUCUCACUUCAAUGAGCACAAAGGUCACAAAGCUGCCGAUGGCCAUGACGAACAUCAUAAACAUCAUUCAGCUUAUGGCAAGGAGGAUGAUCAUGACGACGAGAAAAAGUGGUCUUUCGAAAAGGGUUAUUAACCUUUAAAUACGUGCACUCUUUCGGACCCUUUUUUCAGAUUAAACUAUUCUCCGAAUUAUUGUACUUUGAGAAUUCACAUUUAUUUAAAAAUUAUUGUGUAC